AUGUCUCGCAAGCCCGUCGCGUCGUCGACGGUAGUGAACCCGACCUCGGCGCCCGCGACCGCCCUCCCGUCCGACAUCUGCCCCGUGUGCAAGCGGGUGCGGUACCUCAACACGGACAUGGAGUUCCUGAUCAACCCGGAGUGCUACCACCCGAUGUGCAGCAACUGCGUGAGCAACAUCUUCAAGUCGGGCCCCGCGCAGUGCCCGUACGCGAGCUGCACCAAGACGCUGCGCCACCGGGGGUUCCGGUCGGCCUUCUUCGGCGACCUGACCAUCGAGCGCGAGGUCGACAUCCGCCGCCGCGUCGCCGCCGCCUACAACAACGUCGAGGACGACUUCGAGACCCUGCGCGACUACAACAGCUACCUGACCGACGUCGAGGACCUGACCUUUGACCUGAUCUCGGGCAGCGGCGACGAGCGCGCCGCCGCCGAACAGAAGCUCCUCACGCGCGAGCAGCAGUACCGCGACGAGAUCGAGCGCAAUAAGAAGCGCGGCCGCGAGGCCGAGCUCUCGCGCCAGAAACGCGACGCCGCGGACCGCGAGGCCGCCAAGCAGCGCCGCGCCGAGGAGCAGAGGGAAGAAGCACGCGCCCGCCGCGAAGAGGCCACCAUCAACGCCGAGGUCAUGGAGGCGCUGUCGCGCGGUGAGUCCGGCACCGCAGCCGACAUCCAGGAGCGCAUCGUAGCGCGGAAACGAGCGCGCGUCGCCCAGAUCGCAGGGUCGCAUUUCACCAAUCUCCUCGACAACAACAAUUCCAAGAACACAUCCUCCACCACGUCAAAUAACAACAACAUGCUCUCGAUUCGCGGUCUCAAGUCCCGCAACCGCCGCGGCGCCACCGAGGAGGAGGAAGACGCCAAGGGGCCGUACGACCCGUUCGCAGGCCUGUCGCUCGAGCCCAGCCGCUACGCGCUGCAUAAGGGGGGCGACGGCUACCCCAACACGUGGCUCGAGGACGCGCGCACGCGCGAGGACCAUCGCGUCCCCGGGUACAGCACGCGCGAAUACGUGGCGCGCGCGCUGUUCGACGCCUUCGCGGGCCUGGGCGUCGUCGUUGGCGACGAGAAGGCCGACUCGGAGAUGCGGGGGGUCGGCACCGUGGGCGCGGCCGAGGCGGCGGCUGCGGGGAAGAGGACGGGGCUUGGUGGGGGGCGGAUGGAUGUUGGUGAUGUGUUUGUCUGA